CAGGGUUCUCCCCAGCACACACUGGAACAGAGCAGGCUCCUCAGGCCUCCAGGAUGCUCAUCCUUGCCUCCCGGCCCCGCCCCCCUCCUCCUUGCCUGCUGCUGACUCUACUGCUGGGACUCACAGGAGCAACAGGUGAGGAGCUGCAGGUGAUUCAGCCUGAGAAGUCAGUGUCUGUCGCAGCUGGAGAGAAGGCCACUCUGCGCUGCACCCUGACCUCCCUGUUCCCUGUGGGGCACGUCCAGUGGUUCAGGGGGACAGGGCCAGGCCGGGAGUUAAUCUACAGUUUCAAAGGAGGCCACUUCCCCCAAGUAGAAAAUGUUGGAGACACCACAAAGAGAAACAACACGGACUAUUCCAUCCGCAUCAGUAACAUCACUCCAGCAGACACUGGUAUCUACUACUGUGUGAAGUUCCAGAAAGGGAAACCUGAUGACGUGGAGUUUAAGUCUGGACCAGGCACCCAGCUCACCGUGAGUGCCAAACCCUCUCCCCCCGUGGUAUCGGGCCCCACGGCAAGGGUCCCACCUGAGCAGACAGUGAGUUUCACCUGCGAGUCCCACGGCUUCUCCCCCAGACACAUCACUCUGAAGUGGUUCAAAAAUGGGAAUGAGCUCUUAGCGUCCCAGACCAACGUGGACCCAGAGGGAGACAGUGUUUCCUACAGCGUCUCCAGCACAGCCAAGGUGGUGCUGGCCCCGGGGGAUGUUCGCUCCCAGGUCAUCUGCGAGGUGGCCCACAUCACCCUGCAGGGGGGCCCUCCUCUUCGUGGGACAGCCAACUUGUCUGAGACCCUCCAAGUUCCGCCCACCUUGGAGGUUUCCCAACACCCCACGUCAGGGAACCUGGUGAACGUCACCUGCCAGGCGAACAAGUUCUACCCCCGGCACCUAAAGCUGACCUGGUUGGAGAAUGGAAAUGUGUCCCGAACAGAAAUGGCCUCAACACUCAUAGAGAACAAGGAUGGGACCUUUAACUGGACGAGCUGGCUUCUGGUGAACUCUUGUGCCCACAGGAAGGAUGUGGUGCUCACCUGCCAGGUGGAGCAUGACGGGCAGCCGGCGAUCACCAAACAUCAAACCCUGGAGGCCUCUGCCCACCAGAAGGAGCAGGACACAGGUGGAACAGCUGGUGAAGAGCUGUCUACUCUACCUCUGGUAGUCCUCGUCUUAAGCACAAAGCUGCUGCUGGCCAUCGGUGUCUCUUCCUUCUACGUCCACAGGAAGUGGAGGGCCUGACUCUCCUUCCUUCCUUCCCUGCUGUGUGCCACCCCCAAUCUCUGCUGCUCCAUUCAUUCUGUGAGGGGCCCAGCCUCAGAGAAGGAUUCUACCAGAAGCUUCCAUGACUCUGCUCCAAACGCCUCCCCUCCCCAGACACCCGCCUGCUCACACAUUCCUGCUGCUCCUUCUCCCUGUCCUUGAUGCCCCCAGAGCUGGGUCUUCAUACAUGGUCCUGAGCAGGGGACAUGGGACCUAGCUCUGGGGACUGACUCAUGACAUCUUCAUAGAAGGUCAGAAACAAGUCAAAUCUACACACAUUAGGAUA